AUGAAUGCUCUCAAACACGUCCGACGUUCUACGAUAAGCACAGAUUUUAUUCUGCGCGUCACAGGUCGUAACCUGCUGCAAACUCAGCAACAAACUCAGACGAGAGGUGUUGCCACUGGUACAACAAGCUUUAAACUGAACACAGGUGCUAGCAUUCCUGCCAUUGGAUUUGGCACUUUCCAAGACCCUGAUGCCCAAGAACAUGCAGUAUCGAAAGCUUUGAAGGCAGGAAUGCGUCUUAUCGAUACCGCAAGAGUAUAUAACGUCGAGAAAGAAGUAGGAAGGGGCAUCAAGAACAGCGGUAUCCCUAGAGAAGAAAUUUUCUUAGGCACAAAGCUCUGGUGCAACAACUUUCACCCGGAUGAUGUUGAGAGGGCCUUGGAUGAGAGUCUGAUGGAUCUCGAUACACCUUAUGUGGAUCUUCUGAUGAUGCAUUAUCCCUGCACCUUUGCCAGGGGAGAAGAUCGCUUCCCUAGGGACAAAGAUGGCAAGAUGAUUCUGGGCAAAACAAAUUAUGUUGAUACUUGGAAGGCUAUGGAGAAGUUGGCCAAGACUGGCAAGGUCAAGGCUAUUGGAGUUUCAAACUUUAGCAAGGGUGAGUUGGAGAAGCUCAUCAAAGAAUGCUCAGUGGUCCCAGCCGUUCACCAGAUGGAAGUACACCCUUAUCUACAACAAAAGGCAUUCAACGAAUGGCUGCGAUCUCAAGGAAUUCAUGUGGUCCAAUUUAGUCCACUCGGAAACAUGAACGACUUUUACCGCUCGACAGGCUGGAGCAAAGAGGUGUCACACAUGAUGCGUGUCAUUGAUCAGCCACUCCUCGAAGAACUUGGCCAGAAAUAUGGCAAGAGUGCUGUGCAGAUAGUUCUCUCUUGGGGCAUUAACAACGGCCGUUCUGUCAUCCCUAAGAGUACCAUUGAUUGGCAGAUCAAAGAGAAUGUCGAGGCUGACUUCAAGCUUGAUCCAGAGGAUAUGAAAGCUAUUGAGACACUAGAUAUCAAGGCACGCUUCAAUGAUCCUAGUCUGGACUAUCAGUGGAGGCUCUACAGCGACCUUGAGGGAAUCGAGGGGACAAUGAAUGGUCGAACGCAUUAG